AUGAAGGAGUUGAGUCUCCGUAAGGCUCGGAUCUGUAAGGUGUAUAUUGCAGUAUUUGUGUGUAUGACCACAAAGGCGGUCCAUUUAGAAUCUGUCUCUGCUCUGUCGACAGAAGCUUUCUUGAUGACGUUGGAUAGGUUCGUUGCUCGUCGGGGAAAACCUUCGUCCAUCUACUCCGAUUGUGGUACCAACUUCGUCGGUGCUGCAAAACAAUUGAGGCGGUUGAUCAAUCACUCAGAUCAGAGAGAAAGGAUCGCUGGCCAUUUACCAUGUGAUUGGCAUUUCAAUCCCCCAGGUGCUCCCCAUUUUGGUGGGAUUUGGGAAGCGGCAGUUAAGUCGGCCAAGUCCUUACUUCUUCGUACCAUGAACGCUCAGGUAUGGACGUUAGAAGAGUUCACCACAGUCUUGUGUAGGGUAGAAGCUGCUCUGAACUCACGGCCGCUCGUACCCGUGUCCUCGGACCCGAAUGAUUUAGAAUGUUUGACCCCCGGCCAUUUCUUGAUCGGCAGGCCGUUGCUCUCAAUGCCAGAUUCAGAACCGCCUGAGGCAUCAAAAUCGGUGCAGACUCGUUGGAAGCUCCUCCAGCAGUCGUUUCGCUUCUUUUGGCGACGGUGGUCUCAGGAAUACUUAAACACUCUCCAAGCUCGUGGAAAGUGGACCAAGACAGAAAAUAACAUAGAGGUUGGUAAUAUGGUAAUAGUUAAGACCAAAGAUGCCCCCCCUCUCUCCUGGCCAUUGGGUAGAGUUAUAGAGGUGUACCCGGGCACUGACCAGAUAGUGCGUGUAGCUAAGAUAAUCACGACCCAAGGAGUGUUCACUAGACCAGUAGUUAAGUUAGUACUAUUACCUACAGAUCCGUAG